AAAUACUGCAAUGGAUUUACAAUUCGUCUACCAGAAGAAGAGAAGCGAAUUUGGACGGCAGUGCCUAUUUACGGACAAAGGGCCCGACCUAAUCGAUAAUUACCCUUCCAAUAUAGAGCACCUGUCGAAUUUUAUACUGAGAGACCCGGUGACUCAAAGUACGCAGUGUGGUCAGGUGCAAUCUGAGCACGAACUCAAUACAACCCGGGCGCAUUUCGUUAACUAUGGUAUCAAUCACUCCGAAGGGGGUUGGCCCAAAGACGUUAACAAAGACGACGAGGAGCAAGUUAAACGGUAUCGUAGAAAAAUCGAAAAAGAAGACGCCUAUAACCCGAGCGUUAUGUCUUUAUCCAAAAGCAUGGAACAUUUCAUUCUGCAAAACAAUUCAAUGAACAUUUAUCAACAAUAUUUCACCGAUGUCAAACCACUACCUAUGGUUGAGCAAAGUUCGGUUCGCACCGUUAACGUCUACCAAGACUGUUGCGAGGAGAAACGUCCAGUUAAUCGCAUAUCGUGGUCGCCCGACGGAGGUACCAAACUGGCCGUGACUCAUUGCUGUUUAGACUUUCAAAAACCUAUAAGUCUGGUUACGAACCAAUCUUACCUUUGGGAUAUCGAGAAUCCGAACACUCCGUUGCUUGUUUUUACUCCUAGAACGACUCCAAUGGUAUGCGUCGAGUAUCACACAAAAGACGUGAAUACGCUUGUUAGCGGCCAUCUAAGCGGACGAGUGGCUUUGUGGGACGCGCGAAGGGGGAAUGUCCCAGUAAAUAGGAGCGUAACUGAAGUCAGCCAUCGCGAGCCAGCACGAAGCGUUCUGUGGAUCAAUUCCAAAUCAGGACUUGAAUUUUUCAGCACGUCAACCGACGGCCAGGUGAAAUGGUGGGAUACAAGAAAAUUAAAUCAACCUCUGGAGACCCUAAUAUUGAGCUCUCCCGGUCAAGUGAUCGAGAAAGCCAUGAGCGCCUGCUCGUUGGAGUACGAACCGAGCAUACCAACCCGGUUCAUGGUCGGUACCGAAAAGGGUGUAAUUAUCUCCUGCAACCGGAAGGGCAAGUCCCCCGGCGAGAAGAUGGCGACCAAAUUCCACGCUCACUUAGGACCCGUGCUGGCUAUCCAACGCAAUUCCGGAUACGUAAAGAAUUUCCUUAGCGUGGGUGAUUGGACGGUGCGAAUAUGGUCGGAGGAUUGCAAGGAGAGCUCCAUAAUGUGGACAUCUUAUCACGGAGCGUACCUUUCCGACGGAUGUUGGAGUCCAACUAGGGUGUCGGUGUAUUUUACGACGCGUAGUGAUGGAAUUCUAGAUGUAUGGGACGUGCUGCAACAGCAAAAACAGGCGUGUUUGAGUAUAAAAGUGAGCGAUGAACCGCUGACUUGUUUGCGCGUCCACGAGCAAGGGAGGUUGCUCGCCGUCGGUAACACAAAAGGAACCACAAGCUUGGUCCAAGUCAGCGAAAACUUGGCGACGAGCAGCAGACAAGACAAGAUGCUACUAAAUGCCAUGUUCGAAAGGGAAGCGAAGAGAGAGAAAAUAUUGGAGGCGCGUAAUAGAGAAAUAAAAUUAAAACAAAAAACGAAAAGCGCGACGCUUGUUGGUUCCGAAAGUCAAGCGCACGUGGAAACUUCCAUAGUGGCGGAUGAUGACUUUGAGUCUGAUCCAAAUGUGCAAACGGCCGAGGACGACUUCUAUUACGUUAUUGAAGCACAGACGAAGAAAGGGUGAUGUAUGUGGACCAUUGAAUAUUAUAUUUUUUUAUUCAAUAGUUGCACCAAG